AUGGUUAACAAUUUUAAAAUAUUUCCUUUUAUUAUUUCCUUCAUUUUAUUUUUUCUUAUUUCCAAUUCAAAUUCUAUGCGUCAACAAGCUAUAGGGGCUAAAGGAAGAUUGUUGUGUGGAAGUAAACCUGCAGCUAAUGUUCUUGUUAAACUUUAUGAUAAGGAUACAGGCAAAUUUUUAAUUUUUUUAGUCAACAGGUUUUACUAUAAUUUGCUUUUUCACGUUUAA